UCCAUCCAUCCAUCAGCUCGUCUUUUCCUGUAGGCGUUUCUGCAGCGAUCGGCUGCAAAGCAAAAGUCACGUGACUCGUACAGACUAACCAGGCUCGAAAUCGAAAGUUUCCUUCUAUUCGACUAAAUACAAUGUAAAGUUGACUGUUUUCAGCAUCGCAGCAGAAACCAGGAGACUUUUCAAGAUGAACGAUAAAACUAAGCGCUACAACCCGAGAGACUCUACAAUCCCACUAGUGGAUGAAGUGGAUCAGUUUGACUUUCUGUGUGAAGGGUUUGAUUCCCCAAGAGCCCGGAUGUCCUGCGGCCAUGUAGUGACCCCGACGUCCCUCACCAAGUGGUGCCAACAAUUGCUCAAACAGGGAAAACCCAGGUUUGAAUGCGGUCAGUUUGGCUGUCAUGCUGAGUGGUCUUAUCAGGAGGUUUGUAAAAUGGCCAUGUUGACCCCUGAAGAAAUGAAGACCUUUGAGACGACCUUGGCCCAGAAUGCUGCCCUCACAGAUCCUAACAGAAAGUUUUGUCCAGGCUGCAUGACUCCUGUGACCAGAGGGAGCAGCUUGAACCUCUAUGUCUGCUGCUCAGGUUGCUCAGCGAAGACGGGACGCAGCUUUGGGUUCUGCUGGCAGUGUCUGAGGGAGUGGAAAGGUCCACAGCCUCGAUCCGACCGCUGCGAAAACGACGACUGCCACAAUUCUGCCCUGAAGACGCUGAGAGAGUGUCCAGAAGUCCAAAUUAAGCUAGCAGGAGGAGUCAAAGGGUGUCCGUCGGUCCGUGCCUGUCCCACCUGCGGCUCACUGCUGCAGCACACUGGGAAAGGAUGCAAAGAUGUUUCAUGUCCCCGAUGUAAGAUGACGUUUUGUUUUGGCUGCCUAAAGUCUGCUUAUGAAUGUAUAACAGAUGACUUUGAUGUUUGCCCCAGUGGUAUUGCCCCCAGACAGACGUCCAUUCCUAUGUGGAAUGGACAAACUAUUCCACCUAGGAUGUCCAUUCCUAUGUUGAUUGAUCGUUCUCUUCCACAUCGUAUGUUGAUUGAUCGUCCUCUUCCACAUCGUAUGUUGAAUGAACGUCCUCGUCCACAUAGGGAUAAAUGUCAAUUCCAAUAAGGAAUAGACAUCUAUUCUAUUUUAUGUCCAUGAUGUGAUGCAUUUAUGAUGUUACAUCACAUCAUGAUGCUGUAUCACAUCAUAGCAGCUCAUGAUAGUGAUACAUGAGCUACCACUGUUUUUUUUCUACCUGCUUGUUCUUGCUACUCUUCUAUAAUCUUUAAAAUCCAACUUUUGCAACAAUUUGAACAAUCUUUGACCUUUGUUUACUACAAAGUACCUUCCAAAUAAAACUUGUCAUGUUGUGAAAUGUAUUAUUAUGAAACUACUACAGAUAAAACACCCGUUAAAGCAGUGGGCGCACCCCUAAGGGGGACGGAGUGCCAUUGCAGGGGCAGGAGGGAAUGGGGGGAAGCAGUCUGGAUGAAUGAAAAAAACAAUUACACAUAAGUGAUUCACUAUAAAGAUGCUUUGUAUUUUGUU